CGCGUGGAAACGACGCGCGCCGCUUCGCGGGGCACAAGGCGGGCCAAGCGAAGCGGGAUCAUGUGAGAGUCCACGCGACGAAAGUAGGUUAGCGCUAGGGGAGGGAAGGAGGCAGAGUCAGAGCAGCAAAGCGAGCGGACGGUUCCAGUGCUCCGGAGGACGCGGCGAAACGUCCGCAAACACGCACUGACAUUUUAUUAGGCUUAGCGACAAGCGCCACUUCUGAAACAUAUGAGGAUUUGCUUCUGUUUUAAUUUUUUUCAAAGGCUCCGAAUCGGAGCUUUAAGAACUAUAUUUAGUAAUUGUAUUUACCUCUUUUAUUUUAAUGGUUUGUUAUUGCAUGGCUCGAAGAUAAUAUAACAAAGAUGAGAGCUCAAAUUGAAGUAAUCCCGUGUAAGAUCUGCGGGGACAAGUCAUCUGGGAUCCACUAUGGCGUGAUCACCUGUGAGGGAUGCAAGGGAUUCUUCCGGCGUAGUCAGCAGAACAAUGCCAUGUACUCCUGCUCCCGGCAGAGGAACUGCCUGAUCGACCGCACCAACCGCAACCGCUGCCAGCACUGCCGCCUGCAGAAGUGCCUGGCACUGGGGAUGAGUCGCGAUGCCGUUAAGUUUGGCCGCAUGUCCAAAAAGCAGCGAGACAGCCUCUACGCCGAGGUCCAGAAACACCAGCAGACGCAGGAGCGCGGUACCGGGGUCCGGGACGACGGGGGCGAGAACACGGUCCACAGCAGGGCGUACAGCAGGAGCUCCGGCUUGGCCCUCAGCGACCUCGAUGACAUCACCACACUGCCCGAUGGACUGCUCUUUGACCUGCCCCUAACACCGGAGGGCGCUAGCGAGUACUGUGCUCUGGAGCUCCUGGGAGGGAGUGCCGGGAGCAGCUCGUCCACGCAGAGCUCGCCGGAGCAGAGCAGCCUGGACUUCGCGGACGGCAGCCUGGUCGAGCACGAGUAUCAGCUUCUUCACGAACCCAGCCUCUUCGCACACUCCCUUCUCAACGGCUCCCCCGCCAAAUGCUCCCUGCUCGAGAUCGAGCGCAUUACCCAGAGCGUGGUGAAGUCCCACCGGGAGACGUGUCAGUACAGCACAGAGGAGCUGAAGAGUCUCAUGUGGAACCAGUACACAGCUGAGGAGAUCCGUCUCUACCAGAGCAAGUCUGCGGAGGUCAUGUGGCAGCAAUGCGCUCACCAGCUCACCAACGCCAUCCAGUACGUGGUGGAGUUUGCCAAGCGCAUUGCCGGCUUCCUGGACCUGUGUCAGAAUGACCAGAUCAUCCUCCUCAAAGCAGGAUGUUUAGACAUUCUCCUGAUCCGCAUGUGUAGAGUCUACAACCCACUGAACAGCACUUUGCUUUUUGAUGGCAAGCACGCUGGUGUGCAGCUCUUCAAGGCUCUCGGCUGUGACGACCUCGUCAGCGCUGUGUAUGAGCUGGCCAAGAGCCUAUUCCGGCUGCAGCUCACCGAGGAGGAGAUGGCCCUCUUCAGUGCUGCCGUCUUGCUGUCCCCAGACCGACUGUGGUUGACUGACACCCAGCAGGUUCAGAAGCUGCAAGAGAGGGUUUAUCUCGCGUUGCAGCAUUGUCUCCACAGGGGAGGCGCUAGUGAGGAAAAACUGGCCAAGAUGGUGUCCAAACUGCCCAUGAUGAAGUCCAUUUGCAACCUUCACAUCGACAAGCUUGAGUUUUUUCGCCUGCUUCACCCAGAAACGGCGUGCAGUUUCCCCCCUCUCUACAAGGAGGUGUUUGGGAGUGAAAUCACCUUCCCGGACUCCACUGUGAGUUAAGGCCGAUCAGAGAGUAAGAUGGAAGGAUACAGAGGAAGAGAGAGAUGUUGUCAUGGACAGAGACAGCGAUUUGGGAGGAUUAUACAAACCCAAAACGCCACCAGCAACUCUGCGACAAUCCCGCACACAACACUUUAAAUUGCGACACGCUGCCCCCAUCUUGGGUCUCUUCUGCGACGCAGAGGCCCUCCCUGCGCCCGAUCCAGUGAAGCCGCUACACGCAGGUGGUGCACUUCUCGUAGGCCGUCCCCUGCAUACCACCAUGCUGUCAGGAGAAACGUCCCAGACUGUAAAGCGCUUCUCUCCGUUCACCUCGCAUACGACCCCUGGAACCUGAAGUGCCCUGUAGUGUGACGUCUCGACCUCCCGAAUCUCCACCAUCCCUCCACGCAAGUGGAACAUGAAUGUACCCCAGAGCCCUGGCCCAGAUUGUGAAUGUAGCCGUGUGCUGUUUCCCCUAUGGGUGUGCUUCUGUGAUGCCUGUUUGUUGAUUCGGGGCCCGGCCAUUGUCGAUGGUGCCCUUUGUUUGCCAUUUCAUCCCCUGAACAAAUGAAGGGACCAAGUUUGGAUACCAUUCACCGUAGGUUCAGUGUGAUAUAAGCUCACCGUGUAAUGGAUUCGGCAGUAUGUUGUAAUGACAGCUAUGCACCAGUAGGGUGGAAGAUCACUGCACUGGCGCAGUGCAGUAACUCACUGACCUGUGUCCAUUGGGGAUGUUCAGUAGGCACCUUUUGGAGCUGCACUUUUUGAGAUGCAGUAUGCGAGCCCGCCCCCCCCC